AUGACGCUACCACCGGAUCCUUACCUGCCUGCCUGGUGGUCUAACCCUUUCACACUUACCGUAGGUGUACUGCGUAGUAAUGAGUACCUCUUGUCCUCUGUCGUUCUCGCCAUUGCGCCGCGGGAAAAUUCCCCUCCUCGUCGCGUGUUGUUCGCCCAACCUAGCCUCCCCCCAGUGACUGCGAUCGAACCACCCCGUUCCGUUUCCCCACCUCUGUUCUGUCACUCGACGCAAAACUCUCUGAAUCAAAGGCCGACUCUACCCUCAAAUUCAGUCACAAUGCCCGCCAUCAACUCCAUUGUCGCCCGCGAUGCUGUUCACCAGCUCGCCAAGCGCGAGAACUGGGCCUCUCAGGAGGCCGGUGUCAUCGUCGUCUUCUGCAUCGUCUUCAUCGUCGCUUGCGGUAUUGCUGGCCUCAUGAUCUCCCGCUGCAUCUCCAGGCGCAAGGCCGCAAAGGCUGCCGCUUAA